AUGGUGAAACCGGCCCCACCAGAGAACGUCAUGGAUGUCCAGAACAAGAGUGUGACGAGUGUGGAGCUCCACUCCGCAGAGAGGACCACACAGAGAGACCCUAUCCAGGACCAGCAGCAGAGUGACAGUCGACUUAAUAUGGAGACAAAGGCUAAAGACAGAGAGCCCGCUCUGAUACAGACUCCCACGUCUACUCGCUGUGAUGCUGUAGACGAGAGGCUCGAAGACAGGCCUAAAAGGAAACUUUGGGAAAAGAGAACAGCCAAAGUGCAGCCUCUGAACGACUCCACACUGCCCCCUACUGAAGAUGAUUUUGUCCCAAAGAAGAAGAGGAAACACAUCCUCAAUCCCUGUAACUGGUGA